AUGCACAAGGGACUUUUACUGCUGGUUGCAGUUGGAUUAACCUGCUGUCUGGCAGCACCGGCGCCAGAGCCCGCACCGGCUCCCGCUCCCGCUCCCGCUCCCGCGCCGGCACCAGAGCCCAGUUUUGGACAUGACUAUCAUCUCGGCUAUGGCGGUCUGGGCCUGGGCCUGGGCCACUACGGUGGACACUACGGCGGACACUACGGCGGACACUAUGGCGGCUAUGGACUCGGCCUGGGCCUAGGCCUGGGCUAUCAUGCGCCCAUCAUCAAGACCAUUGGCCCGCCCAUCAUUUCGAAGACCAUCAUUGGCAAGAGCUAUCUGGGCGGCUACGGCUAUGGCUUGGGACACGGCUAUCUGGGCGGCUACGGACACGGCCUGUAUGGGCAUGGCCUGGGCCUGGGCUUGGGCCUGGGCUAUGGCCAUGGCUAUGGCUGGUAA